AUGGCGGAACAGCAAUACCACCAACAAGGCAGCACGGCGGGCUUGAGCGUCCCCCUCCUGACGCGACCGCGUAUCCUGGAGCGGACGCACUCGUCGCCCACCAUGACGGCCACACAUGCAGACGACCAGGCCCAGCAGCAAUCAUGGCAGGCUUCACUGACGGGCGCAGCGCCUCGCAGGCUCGCCGUGCAGCGUUUGGGCGAAGAUACCGAAAGCCGUUCCAACGGCUUCCUGCAGACCAACAACGACGCCGAGCACCAAGUCAACAUUGCUGUCGUCGGCUACGUCGGCGUGGGCAAGUCGUCCUUCAUCCAGCAGUGCCUGGGCCUCGUCUCGCAUCCUACCACCGCUGUCAACGAGUGCCGCAUCAACCUCGACAAGGCCACUUUUCUGGUGCGCAUGCUCGAGUGCCAGCUACAGGACGUGAUCAUCGACAGGGAGAACAAAAUCACCUGGCCCACAGACGCCCGCAUGCCCACCAUCGAUGCUGCCUGCACCCUGUACGACAUCACCAACAAAGACUCCUUUGAGGACGUUCCAGUCGUGCUGAACGCGCUCGAGAAAGCCUCGAUACCCUCCCUCCUUGUCUCCAACAAAUGCGACUGCGACCGCGACUAUCGCCAGCUCGACCCAAACAACAUUGAACAGCGAGCAAAAGCCAUCCUUCGCUCCCUCACAACUCUCCAGUCGUCGACAUCGCAUGUCGACACGCACGCACAAGGAUUAGCCAGCUUGUUGCAAGCUGUAAAUGGCAAGUCGCAUCCAGCCCAUGCCCUCCGCCGUCAAGCCCCACUCACGCAAACAAGUCUUGUUUGUCCACACUGCCUCGCCACUUUCCUGACGAUUGCAUCUGCUGACCGACAAGUAGCCCAGAGAGACCCUGCCUUGUCUCGCCGUCGGACCAUCUCAUCUGCCCUAGCCUUUGGCCAAGCUAAUCGAUCACAUCCACCUCCAGCCCACACCAGGGCAAGCUCCAUACAGUCCAACACCAUGCGCAAAGAUUCACGACACGACUCUACAACCACCGCUACAAAUUCCUCAAAUAUCACCCAUCAGUCUGCCGACGUCGACACAGCCCUGGAUCAAUCACGCGACGACAUGACCGACUCUUCCCACUCCGAACAUGCCUCUUCGUCCGAUGAUGGUGGUCUCGACGUCGACAGUCAAUCAGAAGCCCCUUCUGACGAACGUGGUUACUCCUUCGAUAAUCUUGUCGACCGCCUUCUGAAGCUACCAAGGUCAAAGGCAGAUACAAGAUUCGGCGCCGUCUUUCUGGCUCUGUACCGGAAAUUUGCCGCUCCCGGCCAGUUGCUCGAAGCUAUAGUGCACCGUUUCGAAGCUCUAGAACAAGAGGAUGGUCCUUUCAUGACCAAAACAGUCUCGCAGUUGCGUUACUUGUCUGUCAUCGAGCAGUGGAUCGGUACAUAUCCGGGAGACUUUGCACACAUCAAGACUCGCCGUCGGAUGCGGACCUUUGUCGCCAAAUUGUCAAAUACCCGCAUCUUCUCCGCCGCAGCGAGAGAGAUGAGUUGCGAUCUGGACGUUGUAGUAGAAGACGACGAUACCAACUGGGCAUGCUGUGAUAUGGAUCGUGAGAAACGCGGCCUUCUAAGCCCCGACUUGAGUUGGUCGUAUCGAGUAAGCACACUCCUGGAUGACCCCGACUUUGACUUCAGCGACAAUCUUGGAAGUCUCUCUCUCGAUGGUGGCCAGGAUAGGAACCAAGUGCAUUCACUGCACACUGAUUUUGGUAUGCUCCAAACCGUCGACGCAGCGAGGAGACAGGGCCCAUCACUCGUCCCGAUACCGAAAACUCCCAUCAGCAAAUCGCACUGGCACGUGUUGAUGGAGACGUCGACAGAUUCUAUCGCCUGCGAGCUGACACGAAUUGACUGGAUCAUGUUUAGUGCUGUUCGUCCACGCGACUUAGUACGACAUGUCUCGCUGUCUCAGGGCCAGAAGGCACAAUGCAAGUCCUUGGUUCACGUCAGUCGUAUGAUUGAUCAUUUUAACCACAUUCGAGACUGGGUGGCCAAUUUGAUCCUACUUAGAGAGAAGGCGAAGCAUCGAGUUUUGAUGUUGGAGAAGCUCAUGCAUGUCGCUCGCAAACUGCGAGAGAUGAACAACUACAAUGCUCUGGGAGCCUUCCUUGCUGGCAUCAGCAGUGCGGCUGUACACAGACUUGCCGCUACUCGAGAACUGCUAUCGCCAGAGACCGGCAGAGACUGGAUGAAGUUGGAGAUCUUGAUGUCUCCCACUCGCUCGUACGCGGCUUAUCGGCUGGCCUGGGAGAACUCCAGUGGAGAGAGAAUACCAUACCUUCCCUUACCAAUCAGAGAUCUUGUUGCUGCUGCAGAAGGCAACAAGACAUAUAUUGGUGACGAGGUCAACGGAAGAAUCAACUGGCGCAAGUUCGAGGUUAUGGGGGAAACAAUCGUUGGCAUCCAGAGAGCCCAAGGUCUGCCAUACAGAAACUCAAUGCUCGGCCCUAGAAACGAUGAGCUGAGGGCUUUGAUCCUGAACAGCAACAUGAUCAGAGAUGAUGAGGUAAAUGAAACAGAAUCAAGCACAGUGAGGAGCUCGUAG